AUGCACUCUGCACUCCUACAGGAACGUUUCCUGGCCGUACUGGCAGGACACGUUCGGACGCAUAUCAUCUUUGCUGGUCACGGCUCGUGCCUCGUUGGGGUCCGUUCAGCCGCCAACGAGGGUCCGCAUCAGCACCGCAUCAGCACAGCAUCAGCACCAGCACGAUUCCCCGUCACGGUGCCAACGCCAGAACCGGAAGCGGAAGCAGAGCGACGGCCACAUGGCUCCCCACGCGCCAGGGUCCAGGCUGAGGCCUGCGCCGGCGCCUGUGGGCUCCCGGCCGCUGUCGAGAGGCGCCCGGAAGAUGGCAUCCGUCGGUGCUUCGUGCUCCAUCCGUCUGGAAGCGAGCAAUCGUCAUGUGACGGCAGCAAACACGACGACGACGACGACGACAAGGCACACGAGGACCCUCCCGCCUGUUCGCCUGUCGUCUGUUUGCUCGUUCCUCCUGCUGAUCGGACGUACCCACAUGUACGGAGCACAGCUCCCCCCUUCCCUACCCCUUACUCGUCGUCCUCGUACGGCUUGGAAUCAUUCUCUUUCCUCCUUCCUCCUUCCUCUUUCCCCCCUUCCCUCUCCCUCGUCCCUCCUCUGCCGUCGACGCUGCCGGGUCUGGGCGCUUCCGCCGGUCGCUCCGAUGGCGACGGAAAACGGGCGAUCCAGGCCCAAGGCAGCUCCAUCCGGGCCCCAGGUUUGGUCCCCCCCCCUCACCCUUGCAAGCGACCAUCGUGUCCCGUUUCGGCAUGGCAGGUACUUGCACGUACUUACGAGUACGAGCACAAGUACGGAGUGCGGAGUGCGGCACGAGUAAUGCCAUGGACCCGUGCCGCCUGGGUGAAGCCGCUCCCGCUCCCGCCGCUGCAGCAGCGUGCGUGCAGCUCGGCUUGCGCCACGACGCUCGCUCGCUAG